UUGUGAAUGCAGCUCACGUUGGACGAAGGAGUUGCCUCCUCGCAACAGCAUCAAAUUUAUGAUCUCCCUGGACGGAAUAUUCCACGCAUCCUUGAGCUACGGCUGCAGUUUUGCAACAAGAUGAAACCUUUUUAAACGAUUCGGAGCAACUUCACAAUGCUGAAGCUGCCUUGAGGCGCGAUCAUCCGCGGAUGGGUCUGGUCCCUAUCAGCUGAGACAUCGGUUACAAUCCGCGGUGAGACUGUCGAGGCGGGACCGCAGACGGGAUGGUGGAGCGGUCGGACCGAGCACCUUUGCUGGACUGGGAGGAGGUUCCGUCCGCUGAGAAAGCCGGUAGCGCGGACGAACACGAGCGACUAUCGAGCCCGUCAACACCGGGGCAUGGGUGGAGCAGCGGUGCGGGGGGUCUCUCUUCAAACAGGUCUGCCUUCAACGCAGACGGCUGCGGCGCCCCACCCGUGACCUCCAUCACCCAGGCGGGCACGGAUGAAACGCCGCAUCCGGACAAGGUGGUGCAUCCCUCGGAUUCAGGACCGAGGGACAUCCCGCUGGAGGACAGGAUGGUGACAUGGGAGGAGAAGGACCAAAUUGUAUCAGUCUUCGUGGUUACAUUCAACACCAGAACAGGCAACAUGCUGGAGUGGUGCCUCCCUAAAGAUAUGGAUCUGGAAGGGGUGGAAUUCAAAGCUAUCGCCAGCGGGUCCCAUAGAGUCACCACAGACUUCAUCUACUUCCGCAAAGGCUGCUACUUUGGCCUGGCCUGCUUCGCCAACAUGGCCGUGGAGAGCACGGCGGAGCGCGGCGCCAGGAUGAAGUCGGUGGGGAUCCUGUCUCCUUCGUACACGUUGCUUUACCGCUACAUGAGCUUCCUGGAGCACCAGGUCAGACUCCAGCUUCAGUCCCCGGGACAUUACUCCCCACUGGAGGCCUUCUACGAGGACAAGAGGGCGCUGCUGCCCUCUAGCGGUGAUGAAGCUGUUACUACCUGCCCUGUCAACGCUUGGGGGGCUGCCAUCAACCAUAGCAUGCACCCAGAAAUGAAGAUCACACACCCGGCAGGCUGCAUGUCCCAGUUCAUCCGCUUCUUCGGAGAGCAGAUCAUGGUGCUCUGGAAGCUAGCUCUCCUCCGGAGGCGAAUCCUCAUCUUCUCGCCUCCGCCCGUGGGUGUGGUCUGCUACAGAGUGUACUGCUGCUGCUGCCUGGCAAACAUCUCCAUCCCAGGGGUGGGCGUGGCCGUGCCAGAGUUCAGGCCUUUCUUCUACGUCAACGUCGCUGACAUCAGCGCGCUGGAGAACGAACUCUCCUAUGUUGCAUGUACAACGGAGAAGAUCUUUGAGGAAAAGAGGGAUCUGUAUGACGUCUAUGUGGACAAUCAGAACGUCAAGACCCACAGAGAUGGCCUGAAGCCUUUGCUCCGCAUCAGCAGCGCCGACAGGGAGAAAUAUCGCAAGCUUACCGAGCAGAGGAAGCUGCUGCUGUACUCUCAGGAGGAGAAUGGCGACUGUGUGUCCAGUGAAGAGGAUUUGUUUAUUCUGUUUUUCUUGGAGCAGAACAACAGGAUUUUCCAAACCCUGAGCGAGGUGGCGGGGAGUCCCGACCCCACGCUGACCCAGGAGAAUGUGAGAGCCAUGGGCCUGGACCCUCACGGUGACAGGCUCUUCCUGCUCCACCUGCUGGAGAUCUACGGCUUUGACACCCUGCUGGUGUCCGAUCAGCUCUGCUGCAGCUGAAAUAUCGAUUCCCCAUAUUGAUUUCCCAUUGUUGACUAUCUCGAGCCCUCUGGAUCAUCUGUGGCAUCAGAUUUUUGUUCUUUGUGCUGCCUCUGAUCUGAUCUUCAAGCCAAGCCGAGCAUCGUGUGACUGUUCCGGGAAAUACGCCCCACCAUGGAGACCGGAGGCUGCAUUGUAACACAAACCGGUAAUAGUAGCGUCCUGGUCUUUGCCUUGUUCAUAUCCUUCAAGUGCAAUGUCCUAUUUAAGCAUUUAUGUACAAAUCCAUGUCUUUUUUAUGUGGGAAAUGUGAAUCAUGGCAGGUAAACCACUGUUUUUUUUAACCUCAUUUGUAUUUGAAUAUUUUUUUAGCCAGAGCUGAGACCAAAUUGAAAUAUUCUCAACAGGCUUAUUUGCACGCUGCCAGCUGAGCCGCUACGUUUGCGUACGAGUACGUUUGACCUCUGCCAGUAUGGUAGCAAGACAAGCACAUGCCUGCAGGGAGUGAGCUGAGAGAUGUGUUGCCCAACAUGAACCAUGCCUAUCCAUUUUUCUUUCAGCUUUAGCCGUGUGUAGAUACUCAAUGGCUGUACGUUUAUAUCAGUGAUGACGUGGGAUCAAAUGAAUGUGUUUUCUAAGGCAAUUCUGAUCCCCUAAAGCCUAUUCUCCACCUUCAAUCAACUGUACAGGGCUCUAGUCGCAGUAGACUCAUGUUAAAACACUUUUAUUUAUUUUACUGUAAACCAUUUCAGAAAUAAAGUCAAUUUGAA